AUUAAAAUACGCAUCACCCAAAUUCUUCAUGAAAUAAGCAACAGAAUUAAACCAUUUUCUCUAAUGAAGCAUUUGGGGAGACAGUUGUUGAGCUUCAGGAUGACCACCAGAGGGCGACAUUGUCUGCGCCAGAUUCAGUCAGAUCAGUUUUACUGUCUAAAGCCGCAACAGGAAGCGCUCGCGCACAAGGCGUCUAACAUGACGGCGAGCUAAAAAAAAAAAAAAAAAAAAAAAGAAAAGAAAAGAAAACGUUAGUUUCUGUGUCAUGACUUUAGUCCCGGGAUGCGUUGUCCAACACCAUAAUGCGGCGGUACAUGCGUGCACUGCUGCUGUGCACGGUGUUCGCCGUGUUCUCGGGCUUGUAUGUUUACAGUAAGGUGUUCCGCGCGGACGUCUCGGUCGGAGGAAACGGAGCGAGGAGGGCUUUCAUCCCGCAGAGAGGCACCGGAACCAGGCGGGGGUCCGCGGACAGAGCCGGACCCCCAAAACCCCACUGGUACCAUAGGUACAUCAUGCGUCAGAGCGGCCAGAUGGAAGCUGUCGGGAGCCGACCCGAGCCCACCAUGCACCUGGCCGUGGUGGCCUGCGGCGAGAGGCUGGAGGAGACCCUCACCAUGAUCAAGUCGGCCGUGCUGUUCAGCAUCAAGCGCCUCCACCUGCACGUCUUUGCCGAAGACCAGCUCCACGCCAGCUUCGUGGAAGCCCUGGAGUCCUGGCCGGGUUCUUUCCGCUCGAGGUUCAACUACACCGUGUACUCCAUCAGCUUCCCCAGGGAGAACGCAGGCGAGUGGAAGAAGCUCUUCAAACCCUGCGCUUCUCAGAGGCUCUUCCUGCCCCUGAUCUUAAAGGACAUCGACUCGAUCGUGUACGUCGACUCCGACAUCCUCUUCCUGCAGCCCGUGGACGGCUUCUGGGACUUCCUGUCCCGGUUUAACCCCUCCCAGCUGGCAGCCAUGUCCCCAGAGCACGAGGAGCCCCGCAUCGCCUGGUACAGCCGCUUUGCCCGACACCCUUUCUACGGCAGGACGGGCAUCAACUCCGGGGUCAUGCUUAUGAACAUGACCAGGAUGAGGAGCGCCUUUUUCAAGAAUGACAUGACCCCGGUGGGACUGCGCUGGGAAGAGCUGCUGAUGCCUCUGCUGCAAAAAUACAAACUCAAUAUAACCUGGGGAGACCAGGACCUUCUCAAUAUUAUUUUUCACCAUAAUCCUGAGUUUCUGCUGGAGUUUCCAUGCAAGUGGAACUAUCGGCCAGAUCACUGCAUCUAUGGCAGCAACUGCGCCCCGGCUGAGGAGGAUGGCAUCUACAUCUUGCAUGGAAACCGAGGGGUUUACCACGACUACAAACAACCAGCUUUCAGAGCCGUUUAUGAUGCAAUAAAAAAGUAUCGUUUUGGCUCAGACCCGGUCACUUCUCUGUUGGAUCCAUUAAAGGAGGAACUACUGAAGACCACUCACACCUACUGUGGAAAAUCCCACAUGCUCUUCACCAAGAGACUAGCCCUCAGUCUGGCAAACAUAGACAGGAAAGCUCCUCCUGGACGAUGAUGUCUACAGUAAAGUUUUGGGCUGUAAGCUACGAUAGUUGGUAAACGAGACGACACAGCUAGUGAACCAUACAGCUUUGAAAUGAUGCAACGAUGACGUAAAGAUUUGAUAUUCUAUUGGAGAACAGCUGCUUGGAGUUUAAAAAGCCAGCUGGGAUUGUUUCAAACUGAGGACAAUAACGGUUCACUUGUUAUAAAUUGCUCUGGACGGGAAAAACCCUGAAAACCUGCUGCAGCCAGAGUGCUGAACUAAGAAGCCUGUGCUACAGAUGUAUUGACCUUUUUUUUUUUCUUUUUUUUAAAUCAAAGACAUUUUUUGUGGCAAUACUGGAAAAACUGACAUCUCAGAAUGUAUUCUUUGAGGUAGCAAGCCUCCGUGGAGAAAAGAGAAAUCUUCUUGAUGAUCCUCAGUGAAAGUGUAGAAAAUUAAGGAGAAAGGCACUGAAAUUUCCAUAUUGGAGAAUUUAUUCAACUUUUAUUAAAAGGAGGUUGUAACCACAUCAGAAGCGGAUGAAAGGUUUUGAAAUAUAUGUGCACUGGCCCACUUUUCUUUUGUUUUUGUUUUUUUACAACUUUCAGAAAUGAUGCCGCUACUCCAGUUAUUGCCUCAGGGUCCAGAUCAAGUUUUUUUUUUUUUUUUAAGACUUGCGGCAUUAGGAGCCCAGAUGAAACUCAAUCCCCAAAUCGUAUUGUUGUUCCCGUCUGUGAUUGUCAGAUGCGGCCAAUUAUCCAAACUCAUUUUUAUGUGCACUCGUAGACCAUGCACAAUAUUUUGUAGAUUCAACAAAUCUUUUGUUUUCCAGUGUUUCUAAUGCUGUGCAACGACAAAGACUUACUUAACCUCCCGUUCUGGCUGUGGUCUGCUGUGCUACGCAGACAAAUGUGCUACGUUAUUAAAAUGUGUGACUCAAAGUUGGUUUACAAAACUAGUGAAUAACCUCUAAGUUUCGUCUGCACACAAUGAACUGGAAUGGCCCUGAAAUGCGUUAGCGGCGGUCACCGAUUCGUUUCAAAGCGGAACGUAAACAUGCUAACGUUAGCUUCUCACUCCAGCAAACCUUUUAGCAUGACAUGGUCAGCAUCUGGAAAAAGACAUGAAUCCAUUUAGGACUAUAUUUGUGUUAGGUGGGAUGCACUUUUAAAAGAUAAACGACAAACCUGUGCACACAAACAGCAACGCAUUCUCAGAACAUUACAGCAGCUUUCUUAACCUAGCUAAAUGAUGUUGGAGCUGCGUAGUAAGGCAGGUGGAUAGGAGUGACUGUGGUGUCUGGGCCAUCAUUUUAUGAUAGCACUGUUAUUUUGCUGCAUUCAUUAAUUUGAUUUUAAUGGUGCAGUGGACUGGGUAAAUGAAAACCUGAUCUACUUUUUUUUUUUUUUUCAAAGAACGUCUUAGCAAAAGUGUCGGUAUACGUUCAACCUGGUCAUAAAUUUUGCAGCUCUUUUCUAGUUUGUCACCAAAUCAAAUGCUUUUUAUGUUUGCUGAAAAUGUGGCCAUGGUACCAAAAUGAAAAUCUUCCACCUUCAAUAAGUAUUUUCUCGCUGCAAUGUGAUAUUUUAAAUUUUUUAUAUAUAUAUAUAUAUAUAUAUACACAUUUGAUUCAUAACUCUGUUAAAAAAUGUAAAUAAUGCAUUAUUUAGUUUCCAGGUGUAAAAUAAGAAGACUGUUGAAUGUGUGAAGAACCCACAAGUUCACUUCUGAUACCAAAGACCUGUUUCUGUCAUUAAAGUUUGUGCACCAUUGAAUGUAUCUCAUAAGGGGUUAAUGGGUAUAAUUGAAUGUGUUUGUUGCCAUUGCUGUAAUGUGAGGUUUUUGUGAUUUCAUUAAAGAUCAUUUCAAAUUUUU